ACAUGGAUGCAUAGGCUAAGCCUUAGUGGAAAGAACACAGGGCAUCAGCAACCUCUCUUUGUCCCCUCCCAUCCUUCUCCUCCAUAUAUAAUUCUAAACUUUUUAAGCAGUACAUUAAAAACAAAAACACACACACACACACAUAUAUAUAUAGAGACAUAUAUACACAUCUUCUUCAAUGCUAAGUAAACCCUUGAAAAUGAACAUAUAAACCUCUAUCAAAACCACUUUAACCAUGGCCCAAGAAAGCUUAGAAGCAUCAGUAGCUAGCUCCUCCUCUACACCAAGCUGGUGGCCAGAGCUGCAUGCAAACCCUAUCUCAUCUUGGCAAACUCUAAACCAAUGGCAACCACAAAGCCACCACUCCACCUCUUCAUGCGACGAAGAGAUCUCCGCAUCCUCAGCAUCCUUUGCCAACGCUGCUGGCCAUUCAAGCCUAAGCAUGGACUCACCGCCGGCGGGUGACCUCUCACAGGAGCCUGUGGCUAUGGAGAAUCAACUUUGGAGCCAAGUCCUAUUAAGAUCAGUAGGAAGUGGAGGUCAUGACAUGCAUCAAAACCAUGAAGAAAUUAGGGAGAACUUUCAUGAAGUCUUGUCUUCCAAAAGAGAUCAUAUGUUCAACCCUGCUUGUGAUUACUUGAAGAAAAUGGACAACAGUUGGGAAAUCAACAACCCUCACACUCUAAACAACUUGGAAAAACAGCUCAACAGCUACAAUAAUGGAGAUUUAAUGGAGCCUCAAAGGCUAACAAACCUCUCAGACUUAGUUAGCAACUGGUCUAUAGCUCCUCCAGAUCCUCAUCUUGAUCAUCAGAUUGCGUCUUCUCCUUGCUUUCAAUAUAUCAAGCAUGGGAUCCCUAACUCAUUAGCUAAUAAUUAUCCUAGCAUCACCGGAGUUUUUGGAGAUCGAAACUCAUGUUACUUGCCUUAUAUGCAUGAGAUCAAAAUGGAGAACAGGCAGCAUGACAUUGGAUCAUCAGAGAUGUUCAGUGGUUACCAUAUUGGAGUUAGUAACACUGAUGUUCCAUGGUCUGGAUCAAGAAAUACUGCAUCUGAUUUCAUCUCCUUCAAACCAGUUGAAAUUCGAGACUCUAAAAUAUUUGUGAAAAGCUCAGAUUCAUCUACAAGAGGAAGUGGGAGAAGCACUGGAACAACAACAACAACUACUACUACUACUACUACUACAACUAGUGAAGGGAAAAAGAAAAGAUCUGAUGAUAAUUCAGAAACUCUUCUUAAGAAAACCAAACAUGAAAAUUCAAAUUCAUCAUCAUCUCUCAAGUUGCAAGUUCCCAAAGUAAAGUUAGCAGAUAGAAUUACUGCACUCCAACAAAUUGUGUCACCUUUUGGCAAGACUGAUACAGCAUCAGUAUUAAUGGAAGCUAUAAACUAUAUCAAGUUCCUACAUGAACAAAUACAGUUGCUGAGUGAUCCAUACAUGAAGUCAAAUGCAAACAAGGAUCACAAUGCAUGGGGAGGAAUAGAUCAAAGGAAAGACAAGGCAGAUCAAAAGUUUGAUUUGAGGAGUAGAGGGCUUUGUGUUGUUCCAGUUUCAUGCACACCUGAAAUUUAUAAAGAAAACAAUGGACCUGAUUACUGGACACCAACAUACAGAGGAUGUCUAUAUAGAUGAUCCAAGUUUUUUCUUUAUCUCUAUCUCUAGCCUUACAUUUUCAAUUAGUGGAGAAAAAUCAUUGUGGGAUCUAGGGUAUGUGUUUGUCUAGGAAGAAGUGGGAUAUAUAUGAAGAAGGGAAGUGAAGAUCUGGAAGUAUGAAAAAUAUGUAUAUCAUUUUAAAAGGAUGUUAUGCACCACUUCCCUCUAGACAAGCAUUGGAUGUAAACAAGUCUACAGCCUUCCCACCUUCUCUUUUAACUUCUCUUUUAUAGCAAAGAGGAAAUUACUUUGAUCUUGUGCCCUUGAUAUUAUAUAUAUCAUUACAAGUAUAAACUUCU